UGCUGACGGAGUAAUUUAACGUCGUCGAAGACCACGCACUCUUUCGGUUUGGAGUGUCGCACCAACGGAACCAAUACCCCAUAUAUUCAGAUACGCAGUUCAGUCACCAUCUAGCAAAGCAUCGUUAAUUAAAGUGUGUUGUCGAUUUACUUUUACAAUGUGUUAGUGGAUUCGCGCGGUGUGAAGAGGAGGACAGACAGCAGAGCGCGAGGAUAACUGUAACUUUAUCAAGUCUGAAACUGAGUCUCCAAGUUCUUCAAGCCGUGGCUAUGGUGAACAGCCAGGUUACAGGUGGAGCAUGUGUGUCUAGAUCGUGCGCGGGCUGUGGGGGUCGCAUCGCAGACCGCUUCCUGCUCUUCUCCAUGGAACGCUACUGGCACACGCGCUGCCUUAAGUGCUCGUGCUGUCAAGCUCAGCUGGGAGAGAUCGGAACAACCUGCUACAGCAAAGGAGGCAUGAUCCUCUGCAGAACAGACUACAUCAGGUUGUUUGGACACACAGGGGCUUGCUGUGCAUGUGGUCAGUCCAUUCCUGCCAAUGAAAUGGUGAUGCGUGCUCAGGGCAAUGUUUACCACCUCAAGUGCUUCUCCUGUGCAACGUGCAGAAACCAGUUGGUCCCCGGGGACCGAUUCCACUAUGUAAACGGCACCAUAUUUUGUGAACACGAUCGACCAGGAGCUGCACUCCUUAGUACACACCUGCAGAGUAACCCAGUGCUACCCGACCAGAAAGUUUGCUGAAGGGCUUCUCGUCUCCUUCAUCCCUUCCUUGCUGUCUGUUUAUUCCCCCGUCCUCUGUCCAGCUCAUCACAGCUCCUUCAGCACACACUCCUCCUAUGAUGCAACUUACAUUUACAGACCUGAAUUUAAAGCUUCUGCAUAGCUAUAUUUACUUUGAAAGAGAGCGAGUAUGUGCUGUGAGAGUAAUGGAAACAUUUCUAUUUAUCAGCUUUCACAUCAAACUCUUAUUGGCCAGCAUUGUGGUAAAUGUGGUGGACACUGCAGUAUUUCUCGUGAUGAUGAGAUUGACAUUGUGGCUUCCUCUCUCACCUCACCUCCCGAAUCAGAAGUAACACAUCUAUUUUGUCACAGAACAUCCUGUCUCUCUCUGCCUUAUAGAGAAGGCAGUUUAAAGCAGUUCUGCAUUGUACAUUUAAAAAAAAAAAAAAAGUCAACAUAAAACGGUAUUAGCAAUCCAUUUUAUUUUUGUAAUCUGACAUAUUUCUGAGUGAAACAUGAUAUUUAUUUGGGAUCUGAUUGGAUUGUAAAAAUAAUGGGUGUUACAUACCAGAAUGGAGCCAGGUGGUUGAAUGGGAGGUGUUUAAAUGUAAGAGGGAUUCGUGAUCUCAGCCAAAAAGGAAUGUUUUUUUUUAGAAGCAGAGCAAUUUACAAAGACAAACAUUUUUAAUGGGGACUUCAAUAAAGAUCAAUGAUGAAGUAUACACAUAAAGACCAGGAUUUUGCAAAUAGUUUGGUUUAUUUUUAUUUUAUGUUGACUUUAAGUCAGAAUGUCUAGUCAAAAACUUAAAGGAAUAUUCCGGGUUCAAUAAAAGUUAAGCUCAAUCAACAAAAGGAAAAAAAUCUGGGUUCCAGUAAGGACACUUAUAAUGGAAGUGAAUGGGGCCAGUUCAUAAAUGUUAAAAUACUCACUAUUUCUAAAGUUUAGCCACAAAAUAUAAACAAUAUGUGAUAAAAUCACUUCUAUCAGGAAGACACGCAGGCUUGAGUGAGGUUUAUGAUGCCAUUUAUUUGAUGAAUGUAAAACAGAAAAGUAAUGUCUCUCUUUGGCGUAGGCACCGUCUGGCCGUCCGAGGGAGUUGUACUAGGAACCAUCAUAUCCUGCCGGAGAUAGAAUGCAGGGGCGAGGAGCCUACCCCCGUGCGGGACAGGGCUCAACUGGUGAUGGUGGGGUGGUGGAGGUUGCCGUGUUAGCACACUGAAACAGCAAUAUGAUAGAUUCUGAUCAGACUUAUAAAGCAAUGGCUUACAUGCGAUUGGCUAGAAAUUACCCAGCUAAUGGUGUGAUGAUGAACAGCUGCUAGUCUUCCCGCUAGAACUACACUGCGCUUACAUUUACUAACCAUUUCUAUGUAAAGUUAUAGCCAGUUUUACAACUUCGUGGCAAUGACGAUGCUAUGUCAACAAACAAUAAAACGAAUGAAAAAAUUUACGGCUCAAAUGGUUGUGGUAAUCAACAUUAUACCACAAAUUCUGUCGAUUGAGCUUAACUUGUAGUGAACCCGGAAUAUUGCUUUAAUUACAGAAAAUGAACUUUGUACAUAUUUUAGACAUGGUUUAGGAUGUACAAUUGUAAAUAUGUUUUUUUUUUAUUUAAUCUCUGUGAUGGUUGAAUUAUAUGCUCAACAUGUGAUGUCUAUUUAAAGUGUAAAUAUCCAAUAAAUGAAA